AUGAAUGCAGACGAACGGGUAAUCCUUGAGUACUUCACCUCUGGACAGCCCAUAUUUGUUUUUGACCUUUGCGACUUAUUUAGUUCUAGCUGGAGUGGAAGGAAUGAUUCCAGCCAAAUAACCAACAAUGAAGGGUGCAGCACCAUAGAUAGAGAGCACCACCUGAGGGACAGACCGCUCAGUGUCUGCGCUCAGAGACCCUGGAGCCAACCUCCUAGGGUGACUGGAUCUCAUGGACGUGAAUAUAUACAACCCCAAUGUUAUACAAUCUCCCCAGCGAGAAAUGCUGCCCCUCAUAUAGCUGAUACUUAUAUAGAACUCCAGAGGAUCCAUCAGAAUGACGACAGCAACUCUCAUCGCCGGGAGCCUCACCUUGGAGGCUCUUGCACCAUAGGAGACUGUAACCCGUUGAGCAUAAAAGUUAAAACCUGGUAUGAUGCUGACUUAUGGACAAAGGGUAAGACAUGGGGCAUGGUGGUGGAUUUCACUGGGCAGAACCCCAGUACUUUCUUCACCAUCCAGUUGGAAGUGCAGCCAUGGUCCCAGAACCCCAUUGGACCUUUGAGACCAAUUCUUUUGGGUCAGGACCCCCGGGUCACUUCAUCACCCCCGACUGUAGCGGAGGCUGGGGAAAACCAGAGCAGCCCGGAGCCAACUGGGAUAGUGGGACAAGGCGCCAACAUCCCACCUGAAGUACCUCCCAGAGUGAAGACGCUGGUGAGGUCAGUAGAACUGAUGUAUAACCUUUUAAAUGACUCUGCCCCAAAUGUAACUCAUGAUUGUUGGUUGUGUCUACACCCUGAACCCCCUUAUUACAUAGGAGUGGCAGCCAUAGCAGAAAUAGGCUCAAGUAAGGGAAACAUUAAGAAGCUGACCCUAUCAUCAGGAAAUUCCAAUGGCCCAGAGUGUAGGUGGGGAACACAACCCCACAUGACCCUAGAAGAUAUUCAGGGGAGAGGAACGUGCAUUAUCACUAUUAACUAUAAGCUGCACCUCUCUCCUUUUCAGGGUAAUUGCAAUAAUACCAUUAGGGUUAGCAAAACCCAGGAAUGGGCAGUUCUUUUAAAGGCUCCAGAGGGGACCUGGUGGGCCUGUACUUCAGGUAUGGCUCCCUGCAUAUCCUCUUAUGGGUUACCUAAGGAGAGCCUUUGUGUUCUGGUCCACAUCCUGCCCCAUGUAUACUAUGCUCACGGUGGGGCAGGAUGGGGGCACCUAGAAAGGCAGGAGGGCCACUACCUCAGGCCAAGGAGGCAGAAGCGAGCCCUGGUAUUAGUCCCCCUAUUGGCAGGAGCUGCAAUAGUUGGGUCACUUGCUGUUGGAGCCACCGCGUUAGCAAAAGAGUCCACUAUAGUGCAGCUGGACCAAGCAGUAAAUAAAGAUUUAAUGACACUAGAAGGUUCCAUUGAAGCCCUAGAGGGGUCGCUAACCUCCCUGGCCGAGAUGGUUCUCCAAAACCGUAGAGGACUUGAUUUGAUCUUCCUGAAACAGGGAGGCUUAUGUGUGGCUCUCAAUGAGGCCUGCUGCUUCUAUGCAAACCAUUCUGGGCUAAUAAAGAAAACUUUGAGUGAAGUAAAAGCCAGAAUAGAAGACAGGGCCCAGAAAUGGAAGGAGUUAAGCGAGGACAACUGGUUCACUGGCUGGUUUUCAAACCUAUUUGCCAGCUGGCCAACUUGGGUUAAGACAUUGAUUAGCACCAUAGCUGGACCCAUGAUUGCUUUGCUUUUGAUUAUCACUCUGGGUCCCUGCUUAUGGAAGACUCUGGUAUCUAUGAUUCAGAGGAGAAUUGGUAAAACUAUGCUUCUCAAAACCUACGUAGAGACGGGGGGAUACAUUGAUUAUGACACAGAAGAAGAAAGAGAAGGUGAGGAAGAAUCAAGUAUUUGA